GACUGGUUCAAGGGCAGGGAAAGUUACCAGUUUAAUUCUGGCAGACUAUUAACAAUCAAGAACCCGAAAGGGGGUUCUGUGGUAAGGCGGACGGAGCAUAAGUGUGAGCGCGGAAGGGACAGAGCUGACCUGCCCAAGGCUUGCUUCAGUACUGGAGCUAGGAGCUCCUGCCUGGAUGGCUCAGAGCUGUUGAAACCAACCACUGGAGGGAAGGAAAUCCAUUCUGCCUGGUUCUGGGGAAGGGGCCUCUUCUGGCCAUGUCUCCUGUAGCUGCUGCUGAGCCAGAUGGGGUCCAGCCAGACAGGAGUGUCAGCAAAGUCAUUUUCUUCCUUUUCGUCUUUGGUGCCAUCCUGUUGUGCGUGGGAGUCCUGCUCUCCAUCUUUGGGUUCCAGACAUGCCAAUACAAAACCUUCCCAGACUGCAGCAUGGUGCUGAAGGUCGCUGGGCCUGCCUGUGCCGCCGUUGGGCUUGGGGCUGUGAUCCUGGCCCGCUCCCGGGCACGGCUUCAGCUCCGGGAGGGGCACCUGCGAGGCAGUCAGGCGGACCCCGACAGAGCCUUCCUCUGUGGAGAGAGCCGCCAGUUUGCCCAGUGCCUCAUCUUUGGGUUUCUGUUCUUGACAAGCGGCAUGCUCAUCAGCAUACUUGGCAUUUGGGUCCCUGGAUGUGGCUCCGACUGGGCACAGGAACCCCUGAAUGAGACAGACACUGCCGACGUGGAGCCCCAGAUCUGUGGAUUCCUAUCCCUGCAGAUCAUGGGACCCUUGAUUGUACUCAUGGGAUUGUGUUUCUUUGUGGUUGCCCAUGUUAAGAAGAGAAACAACUUGAAUGUGGGCCAGGAGGCCUCUGAAGCUGAAGACAGACAGAUCCAGAACACGGAGCCUGUCCAGGUCACUGUAGGUGAUGCCGUGAUCAUAUUCCCACCUCCCCCACCACCUUACUUUCCUGAAUCUUCAGCUUCUGCAGUAACCCGAAGUCCUGGGGCUAACGGUGUGCUUCCAAAUGAAAAUCCACCUUCGUAUUACAGUAUUUUUAACUAUGGUAGGACCCCAACUCCUGGGGGCCAAGGUGUGGGCUCUGAGAGAGAUUGUGAAUCUAUAUACACCAUUUCUGGGUCUCCUUCAUCCGCUGGGAUCUCAUACACUCCGCAUCUCUCCUCUGAACUGCCUCCCAGAUACGAAGAAAAAGAAAUCGCGGCAACCACAUCCUUAUCCCCAUCUUCUGAGCCUUCCCCACCGUGACUCCAGUUCAAUUGUACAUAAAAUCAAUCACUAUUUUAUAUAAUUUGUUUUGUAAUAAAAAAAAAAAUACAGUGGCA